AUGUCUAAACUAGACAAAACAUUUAAAAGCCCACAUGAAUUUCCACUUAGUCGUCCAAAGAAGAAAAAAUUAAAAUCAAGUAAUAAUUUAGAAGACCCUGUGCAGGAUACAGGGUUCAGGUCAUCUCAGAGCAAAGAGCCUCUGACCCCAGAAAAAAGAAAAAGAAAGAAAAAGAAACUUUCAAUAGAUGCUGAAACCUCAUUUUCUCAUCAAGACGUUUCAAGCUCAACUGUAGUGCAGAAUGGAAACGAAGCAGAUUCUCAGCCCUUGGAGGAGACUGUAGCCCGUAAACCCCGUCGAAGGGCCAAGAAAAUCCGCUCUUCUGAACAUGGGUUUGCUAAUGAGCUCGGGGUGGAGGAAGAAGAUAUAAUUCCUGAUGGACAUAUGAAGUCUCCCGAGCCCCAGCCUGUGCUCAUCAUGCCCUCCAGCAAUAGCCAGCCUGUGGGAAAACUAUUUGUAGAGAAGAAUCGGAGGUUCCAAGCCGCUGAUCGAUCUAGUGUAGUUAAAACGGCAGAACAAGUAGAUGUAUUCUUAGAUGUCAAGCCAACCUGGACCAGUAUGGAUGUCUCUCUCACUGUACAUCGUGGCUUCAGAAUGAUAGGACUGUUCUGUAGUGGAUUCCUUGCUGGAUAUGCGGUCUGGAAUAUUGUUGUAAUUUAUGUGCUUGCUGGGCCACAGCUUACUACUCUUUCCAACCUGCUGCAAGUUUACACUACUUUGGCAAAUCCAUCCCAGUGUUUUCUGUAUUUCCUUUUGGCUCUCAGCACAGUUUCAGCCUUUGACAGAAUUGAUUUAGGAAGCAUGUCGGAUGCAUUUCGAGGUCUUCUUGCAUUGGACCCAUCUGCUGUAGCUUCAUUUUUGUAUUUUAUAGCUCUCUUUAUUGCACUAAGCCAACAAAUGACAAGUGACCGUAUCAACUUUUACACUCCUCCAUCUGACAAUGGGAGCUUAUGGCAGGAAGGUACAGAAAAGCAAAUUCUUGAGCCAUGGGUUGUGAUACAUCUGGUUGUAGCUCUCCUGGUUGGCCUGGCAUGGCUAUUUCUUUCCUGCCGUCCAGAUCUAGAUCACAGCGAAGAGUCUUUGUUUACCCCAGAAGAGGAUGACUACCCUGACUUAGACAAAGGAAGUAAAAUUCAGGCGUAAUGGAUACAAAUGUGUGCCCUGCCCAGAUGCCUUGAAUGAUUUUUUGUUACUUUUUUAUAUCAAUAUAUUUUUGUAUGAUUGUUUUUAAUGUUUUACAUAUAUUUUAUGAAUACAGGUGUUUUAUUACAGAA